GCCACCGACCAGCACCGAGCGCGGGACUGACACCGGCUGAAAGGAGCGGACACCGCUUAUAUAUCGGAGGGACGGCUCUCAGACUGGUGGGCAGACAGCAGAGGGCGCCCCUCCUCCUCCCCCCGCACAUGGUAGUGUAAUCAGCACAUGGCACUGAGAGGAGCCGCCACUCUGUCCAGCUGUCCUCACCAGUCACCGCAAUAUGAGACGCCGGGCCUGACAACCAACACAGCCCGAUCAUGAGCCAGUCCUAGAGAGACACACAGACAACGACCGACCGACCCAACCACUCACCUACCCACCGCAACAUGAUGUCCCGGGGAGUGCUGGACACGUGUGUGGAGGAUGUACAGAAGAGGAGGAACCCCUCCAAACAUUAUGUGUACAUCAUAAAAGUAACCUGGUCAGAUUCAACAUCUCAUACAAUCUAUAGAAGAUACAGCAAAUUCUUUGACCUUCAGAUGCAAGUUUUGGAUAAGUUCCCCAGUGAAGCGGGACAGAAAGAUCCAAAGCAAAGAAUUAUUCCAUUUCUUCCAGGCAAAGUUUUGUUUAGAAGGAGUCAUAUACGUGAUGUAGCUGUGAAAAGACUAAAACCCAUCGAUGAGUAUUGCAGGGCCUUGGUGAAAUUACCAGCUCACAUAUCCCAAUGCGAAGAGGUCUUGAGGUUUUUUGAAGCCCGACCUGAGGAUCUGGAUCCACCAAAAGAAGACUAUGGCUCGUCAAAGCGUAAAUCAGUCUGGAUGUCCAGCUUGUGUGAGAUUCCAAAGACUGAACCCAAAGGAAGGCAGCCAAGCAUGAUGGCUCUUCUUGGUGCUGACGGAAAUUCAGAACCCAUGAUUUUGGAACAAUACGUAGUUGUGUCCAACUAUGAGAAGCAAGAAAUUUCUGAAAUAAGUCUGAAGGCCGGAGAGUUGGUGGACGUGAUAGAGAAAAAUGAAAGUGGCUGGUGGUUUGUUAGCACAGCAGAAGAACAAGGCUGGGUCCCUGCCACCUAUCUAGACUGCCAGAGUGGGUCUAAAGACGAUUCUGAAAUCCACACAUCUAAAUCUGGUGAUGUAACUAAGAGACGCAAGGCUCAUCUACGGCGAUUGGACCGGCGUUGGACACUGGGAGGCAUAGUCAACAGACAACAGAGCCGAGAAGAAAGCUAUGUUACUAUACAGCCUUAUGCCAGCCAAGGGAAAGAUGAGAUUGGCUUUGAAAAAGGAGCCACAGUGGAGGUUAUCCAGAAGAAUCUGGAGGGGUGGUGGUACAUAAGGUACCAAGGUAAAGAAGGAUGGGCUCCUGCAUCCUAUCUGAGAAAGGCUAAAGAUGACCUUCAGUGCAGAAAGAAAAACCUGGCAGGUCCUGUGGAGAUUAUUGGAAACAUAAUGGAAAUCAGCAACCUUCUUAACAAGAAACCCAAUGAAAAGGAUGGCCAGGGGAGCAAUGAGGUAGACGAGCAUCACAUUAACAAGAAAGAGAUCAGUCUGCCAAUCCUCUGCAAUGACUCCAAUGGAAACUCUAUGAUGACAUCUGAGAAAGUCAGCAUCAAGACCACUCCAGGUUCUCCAGCUGUGGCAAGAAUUGCUCCCCAGCGAUCUGAAAUAAGUUCUCCAAACCUGAGAAUGAAGCCACCACCUCGGAGAGAAUCCAGCCUGGGAUUCCAGUUGCCAAAACCACCUGAACCACCAUCAGUAGAAGUGGAAUAUUACACCAUUGCAGAGUUCCAGUCUUGUAUAUCUGAUGGGAUAAGUUUCCAUGGAGGUCAAAAGGCAGAUGUCAUUGAUAAGAAUUCUGGUGGAUGGUGGUAUGUCCAAAUUGGUGAAAAAGAAGGAUGGGCACCCUCCUCCUAUAUCGACAAAAGAAAGAAACCAAAUCUAAACCGAAGGACUAGCACUUUGACAAGACCAAAAGUUCCACCACCUGCUCCACCAACAAAACCAAAAAAUCCAGAUGAAGCUUCAGCCACUAGUAUUGGCUGCACCAUUGAGUCUAAGGACUCGCCUUCAAAACAAAUAUAUGAGGAACCAGAAUAUGAUAUUCCAGCUAUCAAUUUUGACAUAGAGUCUGAUGGAAAUGAUUCAAUUUCUCAAACACAUUUAGAGGAUGAAAUUGUUGAAAGUAUGUUUCAGCCUUCAAAGCUUUCUCCUGUUUCUUCACUUCAGAGACCAAAGUUUAAAGUUGGGGAAUCCAGUGAAGAUGUGACUGAGGAAGAAACAAUUUAUGAAAAUGAUGGAUUCCGCCCUUAUGUGGAUGACUCUGCAUUGAAUAAGGAAUCAAGUGGAGAUUCUGAUUCACAGAGAAGCUCCAUGUUGAUUCACAAAAGUUCGCCUACUGCAACAACUUCAAGACCACCACUUCUAAAAUAUAAAACAGAAAGAAAUUCCCAACAAGAAAUGGGAAGAAAUGUAACCUUCUCCACAAAUGAAGAGAAAAAACCCAGGUCUGUUUCAGAUGCUAGUAUACGUUCGAUGCCAAAGGUUGCAAUCAAAAAAGAAGCUGAGCAAAAACCUGCAAUUUUACCAUCAACCAAAGCCAAACCAUCUGUUAGACCAAAACCCUUCUUGAAUAAGACCGAUUCCCAAAGCCAGGAAAAAAUGGACAUUAGUACAUUACGAAGGCAACUGAGACCAACAGGACAACUGAAAAGUGGGCUUAAAGGUUCAAAAAGUGAAGAAUCUGAAAGUCCACCAAAAAGUGUAUUUGACACCAUUGAAAGCCCACCAAGGAGAAGUUCUGUGGACAUUACUCCUACUUCCACCACUGCUUUCAUAUGCCCAGAUAACAAAGACAAACCUGAAGAAAACAAUGAAAAACAAUUCUAUACAGCGACAAGCACCUAUAAGAAAGUCAUGGACUCUGAAAUUAGCUUUCCUGUGGGGGCAAAAUUGGAAGUCCUGGAGAAACAAGAUAGUGGGUGGUGGUAUGUAAGAUUCAAAGAUUCAGAAGGAUGGGCACCAUCUCAUUUUCUAGAACAACAUGACAGCCCUGUGCCUGAGCCUGAAUCUACAAAAUGUAGAAAGAAUGAAAAUAAAUCCAACAGUCUGGAAAAGAUAGAAAAAAGAGUUCAAGCACUAAAUACUAUUAACCAGACCAAGACAGCAACACCUCCAGUUCCUUCCAGACCACCAGGGGGGUUUUCUAAAACUACAGUGCCAGUAAGCAAUGUUGUAAAGUUAAGAAAUGGAGUAAAACAAGUUGCUGUAAGACCUCAGUCAGUGUUUGUUUCCCCACCCCCUAAGGAAAACAAUAUUUCUUGCCAUUUGCGUAGGAAUGAAUCACUUUCAGCUACUGAUCAUUUGAGGUCUGUUCGGAGAAACUCCUCUUUUAACGCUGUUCGUAGCCAAGCCAAUGAAUCAAAAUUAAUGCAGGCUGAUAAAUCUGAAGCUGAUACAUCACAGCCAGAACAAUCAGUUAGAUCUCCACAAAGAAAUGGAAUCCCAGUGUCAGCAGUCCGACCAAAGCCUAUUGAGAAAUCUCAGUUUAUCCACAAUAACCUUAAAGAUAUGUAUAUCUCCAUUGCUGAUUAUGAAGGAGAUGAUGAAACAGUUGGGUUUCAAGAAGGCAUUUCCAUGGAAGUUUUGGAGAAGAACCCAAAUGGCUGGUGGUACUGCCAUAUCCUUGACAGUGUAAAACCAUUUAAAGGAUGGGUGCCUUCAAACUAUUUAGAGAAAAAGAACUGAUGGUCAUUUGUAUGGACAAAUUAAUUUAACACUAAAGACUUUCUUGAAAUAUUUUCAUAAUUUAAAAAUGAGACUGAGCAUUUGUAUAUGUGGAAAGCCAGCAAUAUGGUCCCUGUAUUGGUAAUUAAGAAGAGACCAUAUUUUUAUAUGAAACAUACAGAAAAGAGCCUUUAGGGGCAUUCCUUGUUUAAAAAAACACAGGGUAUUACAUCUGAUUUCAAAGCAUUUGAAAUAGAAUGUCUGUUUGUGUGCCUUCCCAAUGAUAUUUGGAACCUUUAAAAAAAUGCCACAGAACUAUCCAAGAUUUGUGGUUAAUUCCCUCUACAGGCCCAGUCUGCAGAAUACCUUGUUUGCAAGUCCUUUGGAUAAAGUGCUCUCUGCCAAGCAAGAACAUAAUGACACUAGGUAGUGUCUGAAAAUAUUUUUUUUUAACUUAAACAAUGAUUGCAAGAUAUCAAAAUUAAAUGUUUGUAUUUUGUCUUGACUGCAUAUGCAACAUUUUUUUUAUUUCAUUUUUUUUAUUAUUUGAUAAGUAUAUAUUUUUCUGAGUGGCCUAAAGUGUUAUCUCACUUGAAAUACAGUUGACCCGUGUUUAGGUUCUUAGCUUUCCUUUUUUAUUUUAUUUGUUUCUCCCACUGUUAAAUGUGAAACAAGGCACCUGCCCUUUUCAACAUGAGUAUAAUAAUGUACCUGUUGUCUAUACUUUACAGAGGCAGUCAUUUUGUAGGCUGGACCAAUAUUUUGAGAUUAAUCCUUUUAUAGGUUAACAUUUUAUUACUACAGUGUCACCAUGGUGAUGUUACUAGUUCAGGAUGAAUUGAUUGGCUGAAUGUUUUCAGCUUUCAAAAUGCCUCCCUGCAUUGGUGACAGGUAUAAUUUAAAGGACCACUAAAUCUAUAGAGUCACAUAUGUAAUAACAAAAUAUUUGUAUAUAUUUACAAAAAUUUGGAAAUCUAAAAAAACGACAUAAAAAACACAACAACCUUUGUGUAGUUGACUCUUUUGAAUUAAGUGACAAGCAGCUUCGUUUAGCUGCCCCUUGCCAAAAGGGGAUGAUAAAAGUUUUAAGAAACUUAAAGAAGAUUAAGUUUAACCUUAGGUUGAAAUAAUGGGCAACAAUAAUUUCAAACUCAUUUGGUUAUCUGACAGUUAACCUCAGUAGAAUACAACUUCCAACUGCUGCUCAUACAGAGCAGUAGACAACACUGUUACAUAAUCCUAUCACUGUUCAGGUUGUUGCUACUUUUAUAUACAUGUUCAUAAAUGUGAGUAGUUCUUUUACAUAGAAUACAAUUUUUUAUAGGUUUAGUGGUCCCUUAAAUCUGUUUAUACCAUGUUAAUACAGUAUGCACUACAACAGAACGAUAAAAUAUUUGUAUUGAAAGAACCCAAGUAUCCUCAUGCUUGGCAUUAAUUCAAGCUCUGCAGACAUUGUAAUUUGUAUAUACUGAUAUCUUAGUUAUUUUUAAGUACUUUUGAUGAUCAGGAACACAUGAAAAUGUGGUAAAAA